AUGCAUAGAACACGAGAUGAGAUAACUACCCAUAAUUGCCGAGCUCACACACCUAUUCUCAUUCAACUGCCGAGCCACUUACUGGAUUUGUUCAAUGCUAUUCUCAUGUAUGUACGUAAUUAUUGUUCCCAAAUUCAAAAACGAAACUUUUCGGAGCGGCCAUACAUUUUGAGAGGACCAAGUUGAAAAGUUCACAUUCACGUCAGCGCUCAACCGCCUCCGUGUUUUCCCGUUUUCCAGUCAAUCAAAUCUGUUUUCCAUUUUUAAUGAAACAUGGGCCACUUUUGUGGAGCCCGUUUAACGACGAAGAGGACCGCCCGUUUCGUUUAGUUCAACUUUCGUCAUUUCAUUCAUUUUUUUUUCAUCUGUGCUCAGGAUAAACACUAAACUGGACCCUUGGGCUUUUUUCUUCUGUUUUGUAAUUGAAAGUGUGACGGAGGCAAGCUGGGGUGCUAGCAGUGUGCCAAAACUUUUUUCCGACGAAAAUUUUCACCUAGCUAGGUCAAGUGGCCAGGCCCGGAAAAGCUAAUUUUUCGAAACAUGUGUCGGAAAAUUUUCAAAAAAAAACAAACUGGGCGCAAGUGAAAAUAUAUGUCUGUUAUCACACACGUUCAGAUUAACAAUCCGACCUUAGGCAGAGAGAAAAUAGGCCAGGAAAACAAGGAAUAUCACAAACGCCCACUUUUUUCUAUUCUGGUGCCUAUUUCGGGAAGUGACGACGAAUUUGUUUUACAAAUACGUAAUCUGACAGACUUUCCUUUUUGGCUGGAUAAAUUGAAGAGAGAUGGAAGUAUGCAUUAGUCUGCCCACGCCCGUUCCUUCCCAGACAUUUUCUUCGGAUGCACACAGAAAAGGCUUCUUUUCCAUUACUUUUUAUCACUUUCCCUUUACUUAAGCUUCUUUUUCUGACUUUACAGACAUUCCCGCUUUGUGGACCUGUGUUUUUCUUUGAAUAUUAGAGAAGAUAAAUGACAAAAUAGCCUGACGUGGAUAUAUGUCAGUUUCCGUUUUUGUUUCUCUUCCAAGAGUCAGCGAAGAAAAGACAUUAUUAUAAUUUGAAGUUGCACAAACAGAGACGGCGUGUUUUACACUUUCUAUGUAAUUGGGUGACAAAUGAGUUAGAGAAGAACGUGCGCAAAAGUCCCGGAAACGGCAAUGAUUCGGUACUUAGGCCGAAAAAGAAAAAAAAAACGCUUUUUACUCAGCUUUUGCAUUCACAUUCCUAUUCCCAGUCCCCUUUUUCUUCUGGAACCAGGAAGUUUUGUCAUUUAAUCUGGAAAAUGAAAAGGAAGAAUGGAAAAACGUCGAGAAUGUGAAAAGCACAAUCACAGUAUUAUCUUUCUUGUUGUCUUUCUCAAAGAUCUAGAAGAGAUUAUGUCUGAGAAUCGUUCAUUUUUCAGUUUGCAAUGCAACGCUUGGUGAUAUCCCUUCUCCUCUCUCGGAUUGUUUUUUUCAUGUCAUUGACAGAUACUCUGUUUGUAUCGAAUCCAAAUCCAAAACAAAACGUUACUCAUGCUUUUUUCUGACAGUCCGAACGUCCCCGACGCUAAAAAAUUCAAAACCAGGUGAUAGUCGAAUGCAUUUUCGAUUCGCUUCCUAUUCAACUAUUUAUAGUCUAAACCCGACUUCUCUAGGUGUUUUUUAGGAAUAAAUUGCCGCGCGCGAACGAACUGCAAAGUGGCGUCAAUCGAAUCAUAUCAAUUUCCUUGAAACUUUUCGCAUUUAUCACAAACACUUCCUGUGCGGGGUGUCUGAAAUCGCAUUUCCGGUCGACGCUGUCAUCGGGCGUGUUAAUACUACUCAUCAUUCAUGCCAUUUGUGCUCCUGGCGGUAGUCCAGCACCUCAGCACAAACUUUUUUGUAUGGAAAUUGUCGAGUCACGAAACAUGCAAAUUGUCGCUUUUCUGGCAACCUUUACUCUUUACAACGACAUUUCCUUCCCCCUCCUGCUUCGUCUUCUGCUUCCUCCUUGUUGAUAUUUGUCACAGUUCUGCAAAAAUCCUUUCAAAAAAAGAAAAUGUAUAAUCGCUGCUCGAUUGUCGAUUGUCUGACAGACUCCUGACGUUCGCUUCUAAUCCGUCUCUUUUGACUCACCGAAGAUAUAUGACCUAAAACAAAUUUAGUGGGCGCGAACGAACCUUUCAGAAUUUGGAAGGUAGGGGUUACUGCAUCCAAAGUUCUCUGGUUUUCAAUUUUCCUGAUCUACAUCUGUUUUUUUCUUUUCCCCUUUCUCUUUGUUGGGUCGGAAGCAUAAGGCAUCUCGGUAAUAAUGAAACUUGAUAUUCUAGAAUAUUUGAUUCCGGCAACACUAGAUUCUCCGAGUUUCAUUCCAUUCGUGCAACUACUCGCUUCCGGCAUUUGUUUUUUUCCGCCCAUCCCGUCAUAUGGCAUUUCAGGGCUACUUGCAAAAAAAAAUACUAGAAAUGUACUGCUUCCCCCUCCCCUUUUCUGUUUCCCUUGAUAAAGUUUAUCCAUGGCGACGCAAUUCUGUCGCCAAUCGGAUUAUUAUGCAGAUUUGCCCAUUAAUCUUGUCGGGGGGAAAUGCAGUGUUUUCUAGAUAACAUGACAAGUGAAAAGGAAAAGAAAAGCAAAUCUGAGCAGGAACUGAAAUAAUGGGUGUUUACCGGCACAGGCCUGGAAGUCGUGGUUAAGGCAAAGAAGAGAGAAGGGCGAGAAGAAUAAAAUAAAAGAAAACGACACACUUUUUUGCGUCUGAUAGAUAUUGGGUGUGACAGACGGCGUGAAGCCAGGAAAGGGGGACUCAUCCUCUUGCUCAUCUCGACAAAGUCAUCUCAUAUCCCCGAACCGCCGCUUCUGCUGUGCUCCCGGAGAAAGGGCGGGCUUAUCCGUGGCCGCGUGUGCACCCCUCACAACAUUCGAUUCCCAUCCACACUUCCAACGAAAAGCUUCCCAUUCCUACCAAUCGGAACACUCUGUCACGUGCGUCAGGAUGUUGCCAGAAUAAUCGGUGCUUCCCCCCACUCCAUCAUCAUCUCCCACUAGUAUUUCUUUUCUAAUCCACACAAGGAUCAUUCUCAACCAUUCUCCUUUUUACUCUGAAAAACGCGUCAAAGUCAUCAAAAUGAUGUGAGUUGCCUGCUUUUUGAUUCAGUUUUUUCCACCGCCGACUUUGGUCCGUGGGAAACUUUGAAAGGUUCCCUGUUCAAAAACAAGUUCACAUUUUGAAAAGUUUUGCUGCAGCCGAUCCUAGAAUUCUAGUACACCCUUCAUCACGCCAACGCUCUCGGUGCACCAACCUUAUACUUAGAGUGAGCAGUUGAUUCAAACAAAACUUUGAUAUCAGUUCAACCGAACACAACAUUUCGUUUCACAUCGCAACAUUUCACCUGUGAAACCUAAUUUUCCACUCACUGCUCUCGCCACGCCAGAAACGAGAAAAAAAUCAGUAAAAAGUUGCGAUAAGACAUAUUCGUAAAAUAUUAUCAGUAUUUUCUGAUAACAUCAUGAUAAUCUCUCGGUUUCCCGCAAUUGGGCUGAGGUGAGUUUGUUAUGAGCUGCUUGCUCCGAUGCUCAUCCCUUCAAUCGCUUGUCUAUUCCUAUUUGAUGAGAAGUAACAGAAAUAGAAGGCGGAAUAGUCCCCACGUGUCAGGAUGUGGCCACUUUCCAUGUCAGCAGCACAUAUUGCAAACAGACUAACCAAACAACAAACAUUUUUGUGAAAACGUUCAUACCUGCUCGAAAAUUCAAUUAAUCAAAUAAUCUGCCUUCUUUUUCAUCACUCAUUUCUGUUUUUUGGCCUCCCUGUGUUUUUUUUUCUCAUGCUCCCGUUCUGCCAUUUCUUUUCUCUUAGAUUAACAAGAAAACCAUGACACAUAUAUCUAUAUCUAUAGCUCCUGCUUUUUUUAUGGAAACCACCUUAGUCUUUCUGUUUUUGUCUUGAGAGGGAAAAAAAAACUUCCGAGAAGAAGCUCUCUUGCCAGGGUGGUCAAAAUAUAUCAUUACUAGUACUAAUCGCCACAUCGUCAUUGAUAACUUGAUAAAUGUGCCGAUACGGAGCGAUACGAUGUCAAUCGAAUUACAGCCCCUGUACAUAAACACCCCGCACACUAAAUUAUUGGCUUCUUUUCUGCAACUAAAUUUCUCUUUUUUUGCAGGUCGAGUUAUGUCAUGAGUCCUGUCGACGAAACUUACACGUUGUUUCAAGUAAGUUUUGACCAUUUCAAAUUGAAAUUCUUCUAGUUGCAUGUCGUAGGACCACCAAAUUUCAUAAGCCCUUUCCGCCUACACAUAAGUCUUCCCGCGCAUCCUGAUUGGGUCCCAUGCUAUUUAUAGAUGUUAUCCCUUCCAAGUUUGGAUGUCUACCCGCUAGUUUCUAAACAUCACAUGCUCAUCGCGUUCUGAUUGGUUUCGGAGGGACCAGACGAACUUCACGCAUGUUUUGACGAUGAAAAGUUGAGAUUUGAUCAGAAUUUGAAAAUAGACUCAGGCACGCGGUUCUAUGUAGUUGAGAGGGGCCAAAAGUUUAUAUACUUUCGGUUCGAUAACUAUUUUCUAGUUAAUUAGUCGUACACCAGUGCCUUCGCCUCUGAUCUUUGCACGAAAUGUCAAGGGUCAAAUGACUCCUCAUUGAUCAUUCAGCAAUCAGCUGAAGUAGGGACCAAAGUCUAGAAGUGCAAACUGCUCGGAUUUUUAACCAAUCUGGAAAGAUGCUCAGACACGGAACACGUUUUUCCUUUUCUAUAACCAAAUUCGGCAAUAAGGAAGCAAACGACGUUUUGACACGCAUUCAAAUCAGAACAGAUCGCACGAUCUUUGGCAUUCUUCCCACUGACACCCAUCCAAAUUGAAUCAACUAUCCGAGUCCCUAUGCCCCAAAUAUCCAUUUUCCUUUUUUUUUCAAAAAAGAAACAAAUUGUGAGCACAAGGACAAAGUGCUGAGAUCCAUCGUAUCGGGUGAGACCCAGACCAACUAAUCAUCAUAAAUGUGUCCUCGGUUAGUUCUAACACACGCGGCCUUCUAUCCAUUUAAUCUUAUGCGUGUGCAUGUGUCUGUGUGUGCUUCUCAGAGAAAAUAUGUAGAAAGAUAGAUGCACACAAUUUUCUUUCCCAAAAAAGUUGUGCCGAAUUGACCCGAGGGGAUCAGAGGGGAUGUGUAGAAGCCAAAGUAUUCCAGGAAUGAGAAAAAGAAGAAGAAGAAGAAGAAGAAGUUUCUAGAGACAAAAAUACAUUUUCAGAUCCUAAAAGGGAGCGCCCUCUUCCUUCUGGUGAUAUGGACCAUUUUCGCCAACUCGCUAGUUUUCAUAGUGCUCUACAAGAAUCCACGACUUCAGACGGUGCCUAAUCUUUUGGUUAGUAGUGCGAGGGCGUGGAAACCAACAAAAAAUUGCGUCAUAGGUUGGAAAUCUCGCAUUUUCUGAUCUGGCUUUGGGAUUAAUUGUCUUGCCGUUAUCCUCGGUCUACGCCAUCGCUGGCGAAUGGGUCUUUCCAGAUGCUUUAUGCGAGGUCUUUGUCUCAGGUACGUGAAACUUGAAAUACAAGACACGUGGAAAUACUGAUAAAUAUUAAAAAUUUAUAGCUGACAUUUUAUGCUCGACCGCUUCAAUCUGGAAUUUGUCAAUUGUGGGACUGGAUAGGUAUUGGGCGAUCACAAGCCCGGUGGCCUACAUGAGCAAAAGAAACAAACGGACUGCGGGUAUUAUGAUUUUGUCGGUUUGGAUCUCAAGUGCUCUCAUUUCACUGGCUCCGCUACUCGGAUGGAAACAGGUGCGGAUAACUUCUGAGAAACGUUUUUUGCUGACAUUCCUCUUGCAAAACUGAAAACUGCAAAUUCAGACGGCUCAAACUCCAAACUUGAUCUAUGAGAAAAACAACACAGUCCGUCAGUGCACUUUCUUGGACCUCCCCAGCUAUACAGUUUAUUCUGCGACCGGCUCCUUCUUCAUCCCAACCCUUCUCAUGUUCUUUGUGUAUUUCAAAAUCUAUCAAGCAUUCGCAAAACAUCGCGCUCGUCAAAUCUACCGUCAAAAGGUAAGUGAGGGCAAAACACAGUAUCAUGAGUAAUUCGAAUUUUCCAAAAGUAUCUUUUUCUUUCGAAACUGACGAAGCGAAACCAAGCCCGCAAUUUUUAUCGUGAUGAACUUUUUACCAACUAUGAAUUUUGCAUGAACCCCUCUCUUGAUGAAGAGAACCUGUUCCAUAUGCUUGCUCCGAGAACAUCAUCUCUCACACAACUCAUUUUGUUAAAAUGAACAGAAGUUCUCGCAAAAAAGUUUGAAACAUGAAAAGUGAAAAGUAGGAAAGCAAAACGAAGAAACAAUGUCUCCAAUUUUUAGCUGGCCGUCUCGUCUCAUGUAAGAACCGUUUUUCAUUCAUUAUAUUUCUGGUAUAUUAUAUUCACACCGUGUUUCGUCCACAACACCACCCAUUUUCACUUGUCUGUAGAGCACCGUGUGUGCGUGUGUGUCUGCACCGAUUUGUGGCACUUGUGUCGAGGUUUUUGCCCUAGAAGAAUAGAGAAAUGGAUUGAUUGAUUUUUGAAAGUGAUGGUAUGAUCAAAGGGGAAUAUGGAGGUUAUUGGAAGCAUUUGAAAUAGUAAUGAAAAUAAUAUCGCAUUUUUGACCCGCAUGGCUUUUCUUGCUUUUCUGAGGCAUGAGACCGUAUGAAUGCUUGAGCAAAAGAAGAAAAUCACUUUCAAACACGAUGCAAAACUUGAAUUCUAGAACUUGUGCCUGGAAACUAUAUAUUUCUGUCCUUUUCGAUCUAUCUGCCCGCAACAACUAUCCCUAACAAGGCUAAUCGCCCCCAGCUUGCUCAUUUCUCUAUUUCAAUGAAGAAUCUUCCUCAUUUUCUAAUAGCAUGGUGGGCAGCGCGACCGCUUCUAGCAAAAAUUCGAAAAGACAGAGAAAAACGAAACGAAACGUAACUGAAACAUUGAAAAGACAGAGGAAGAAUCGAUCCUUCGGUAGGUGAGCAUCCCUUGCUUCUACUUUACUUUCAGUUCUCUUUCCAGAAACCCAAAUCCUAAGUUUCUCUGACUCUGAAUGCUCUUUCAAUUUACUGAGUUCUGCAAGGAUGCGCACCACCGAGAGAUAGUGAUAUCCCCUCCUAGAUUGUCGGCAAACUUGUUCCGCAUUUAUAUAUCAAUCCAUUCUCAUUUUUUGCCACCUUCUGUGUUCUAAUUAGUCGAUAACCCGCCCAAGGACUUCCAAGUGCCCCAUCCUGAAAAUGAAAGUGAUCUUGUUUUUUCUCAACAUUUCUUGUCUUGUGUGGUCAUUUUUAACUCCUACAUUCCCCCUUGAUGAGUGGUUAUUGUCUGAUUGGAAAGCGAUUGGUGUGAUCACGAUUUGACCCACUUCUCACGAAGCCCUUUUCCACCGAUAAUAUGCUUGUUUUUAGGUAAUUCGCAAGCAUAUUGAAUCGACUAUUCUUCAUGAGAUUAGUCAUGUUUUGCCCACGUCAGAUGAAUUUGCAAAGGAAGAAGAAGAAGAAGAAGACAGUAGGUUUUGGAAGUUUUGAGGCAUGAAAGGCGGGGAUUAGAGAGGGAAGAGCUCAGAGAGCAACAACUUUUGAAAUACUUUUGACGUGGCUGAUGUGUGACGUUCAAAAUAGACAAGUGGGACCAAAAUAUGAAAUAAAGGAUUGAAUACUUCAGGUGAAAGCAGUGGGCAAGUCGAAAAUGGGCUUGGAAAUGGAAACGACGCGAUUAUAGAGGAAGACGAAUGUGAAGAUGAGGAGGAUUCUGAUGAAAAACGAGAUGUAACUUAUCUGAAUCAAGAAUUUUUAGAAUCUAACUUUUGCCUUCAGGACCACACUUCGAUGACGACAGUUACGGCUACUGUAAGCGGACCAACCGAUGCACCAUACGUGAAACGAGAAGCAAAGAUUUCGAAAUCCGUUCCGAUUGAAAAGGAAUCCGCGAUUCAGAAACGAGAAGCCAAACCGAUGAGAAGCGUUAUGGCUAUUAGUUAUGAGAAAGUGAAAAGACACAAGAACAGGUAUUCAGAAAUUAUAGGGAGCAGAUGUUAAUCUAGUUUUUUUCAGGAAAGAGAGAAUCUACAGAAAAAGCCUUCAACGUAAACCGAAGGCAAUUUCAGCAGCAAAAGAACGGCGAGGAGUGAAAGUUUUGGGAAUCAUUCUGGGAUGUUUCACUGUCUGUUGGGCUCCAUUCUUCACGUAUUUAGAACACUUUGGUUUUUCUAAAAAACUUUGUUACUUUCCAGAAUGUACGUCCUUGUCCAGUUCUGUAAAGAGUGCAGUCCGAAUGCUCAUAUUGAGAUGUUCAUCACUUGGCUGGGCUACAGUAACUCUGCCAUGAAUCCGAUCAUUUACACGGUAUUGGUUUGAUGCUGAUUGUCUUUAAACUGUAUAUUUUCAGGUUUUCAACAGAGAUUACCAAAUCGCGUUGAAGCGUCUCUUCACUUCCGAAAAGAAACCGGCGUCAACCUCUCGUGUCUAG